AUUUGUUCGUUUUCCCAAAGUAUGAGGGUCAUUUUAUACUUCUUCUCCAUUUAAACAAACCAUUCCACACCAGCCUGCAGCCUGUAAUCAGUAGACAGAGAGAUCAAACAAAGAUGUCAAGUCCCAUGCAAUACUACAAUGAUCUUCCUCCGGUGUCGAAAACGUACGUUUUGACCUGUUUUGUGUUAUCGGCAACGUAUGAAGUGGGUCUUUACGAUUAUGAAAUAAUUGCUCUAUCCUACAAAGACGUCAUAAAGCGUUUUCAGGUCUGGAGACUAAUCACCAAUUUCUUCUUCCUGGCACCCUUUUCCCUUACCUUUGCCUUCCGCGUUCUGUUAGUUUUAAGGCACGGUGUCCAGUUGGAAAAGAGUACAUAUGACAAGAGAAGUGCAGAUUUCCUAUGGAUGUUUAUCUUUGGAGCCUUUUCACUUCUGGCAAUCUCCAUCAUUCCUUUCUUGUGGUCGCCGUUCAUGGGUGGCUCCUUGGUUUUCAUGAUCGUCUACAACUGGAGUCGAGAGUUCCCCAAUGCCCGUGUCAAUAUCUAUGGCCUUUUCGAACUCAAGGGAUUUUAUUUGCCUUGGUACAUGAUUGCAAUAGAUCUGAUUCUUGGAAGUCCCUUAAAACCAGACCUAAUUGGAAUGGCGGCAGGCCAUCUCUAUUAUUUCUUGACAGUUCUUUAUCCUCUUUCAACUGGAAGAAACAUUUUAAAGACUCCUUUUUGGGUUCACAAACUGGUGGCCUAUUGGGGAAAAGGAACUCAAAUGAAUAGUCCUGCGGCGAGUAGUAGUCGGACUUCUUCUGCUUUUAAAGGCAGAGGCCGACGUUUGGAUGGGGGAAGAUCAAUGGGCUCGCCAGAAGAAGACCAAGAUGGCGUGGCUCAGCCCAAUCAAGCUAAUAAUAAUAAUGGAGUUGUCUUUCGUGGCCAAGGCCAUAGACUAGGAGCAGGUGGUGGUACUCGUUGAUGAUAUCUCUCAUUUUCAAAUAAUGGGUUUUUGUAUCGAACUUAAAGCAAGCAAGCAGAGAAAUUAAGAGAUUGACCCAUUAAUUAAUAUUCAACUUAAUACUUCAUGAUUGUAAAAUAAAAUGAAUGUUUUCGUAAUAUUAAUUGUUAUUGAGUUUGAA